AUAUUUAUUUCAUUCCAUUAUACAGCGUAAUGCCACUCUUUAGAAGACAAUGUUAUUCAGCGUGACCCACAUAAAAAUGACUAUUGUAUGGAUUCAAAGCGUCAUACGAAACACCUUUAAUACUCAAGUCAUUCACCCGCCAUAGCAGUAAGUUGUUGUCAGUUGCCGAGAUUGCUGAAAGACAGAGCAAGCAAAAUGCAAGAUACCACUUUAUUUACACAGCUCCUAACCACGUUCGUCAUCGUACUUUUGCUACGAAAUAACGAGAAUGCCGAAGCACUCGAUCGGAAAUACCAAAAUAUGCUCGUGAGAAUAAUCUCUAAUAAUCCCAUAAGAAAUCCACGCGAGGGACGUGUUGAGGUGAGUUUCAAUCGCGGCGCCAAAUGGGGUACACUCUGCAGUUCAUCUUGGAGUUUCCGUGAAGGUAAUGUUGUGUGUCGACAGCUGGGGCUCGGUUUCGCUGCGAUGGUCAAUCAAACAACCACUUUCGGUGAUAGUAAAUCAUACCCAUGGGCAAUGAUCGGCACACUCUGUCGUGGUAAUGAGAAACGUUUGUCAGAUUGCAUACGGGAGAGCACAUAUCCGCGAAAUUGUACGGUGGGCAAUAAAAAUGUAGCUGUCGUGCGUUGUGUGCCACAAAGCGCCGAUCUCACACUGGGUUUACGUGAUAUCGAAACGUCUGCGCGACUUGAUUUGGCGCCCAUGACACGACUCACAUGUGCCAUGGAGGAGAAUUGUGUCUCGGCGGAGGCCUACAUCAUACGACGUACACAACCGAGUGCCAUUCGUAAUCUGCUGCGUUUUACGACGAAAGCGGAAAAUGUUGGCGAUGCGGAUUUCAGUCCUUAUGCGAACUAUAAAGACUGGGAGUGGCAUCAGUGUCAUCAACAUUAUCACAGCAUGAAUGUAUUCGCAACUUUUGAUGUUUAUGACUUCAGCUACAGGAAGGUGGCGCAAGGACAUAAGGCCUCCUUCUGUCUGAUGGAUACGAAUUGUGUGCCGGGAGUUAGGCCGAAGUACACAUGCGGUAACGAGACGCAAGGUAUUUCCAUUGGUUGCGCGGACCUGUACACAGCCAAUUUGGACUGCCAAUGGGUAGACGUUACCGGUUUGCCAGUUAAUCAAUAUUACAUUCUGCGAGUUGCCAUUAAUCCUGAGUAUAAAAUUGGUGAACGCAACUUUGAAAAUAAUGGCGCCGAGUGUAUCAUACAUUACACCGGCAAACCGGCUACAACACGCAUUACGAAUUGCCGACGUACGCCGUUGUCGUUUAAUGUAUAA